AUGAUAACUCCCAAGAAACAUGCCGUUUUCGACGUGGUCGGCACCUGCGUGUCAUUUGAUGUUUUUCUGAAUACUAUCGAACAAGUCCUCGGCCCACGGUUGCAGGCGCAUAAUGUGUCGGCCAAAAUAUUUGGUUUUGCAUGGAUGCAGUCAGCAGAACUCGAGUCGCUUAUGCUUCACAUGUCCCGACGAAAUGUGCCAUACAAGGAGGUUUUUAAGGCUCUUUUCUAUCGUGUCUUAUAUAUGUCCGGAAUCGAGAAUCCGAGAUCAUUCGCGACCGAUGAAGAGCGAGACAUAUGUCAUGGCGCGUAUUCAAAGUUGGAACUUCGCCCAGAUUGCCGAGCUAUGAUUGAGAAAUUGAGAAAUAACGGCUUCACCGUUUGGUGUCUGACCACAGGCGACGCGGAAAGGGUUGGCGGUUAUUUCAAGCGCGCAGGCUUUGAAAUGCCUGCUGAAAACCUAGUCAGCUGCCAUCAAUUUAUGAAACACAAUUCUACGUCAGAAUCCCCUCUAGAAAUGGUCAAGCCAUCAAUGGGAUCAUAUCAGCCCAUGUUGGAUAAAUUUGCCCCUGAGGACCAGAAGUGGUUUGUCGCUGCUCAUAUGUGGGAUGUCAGUGCAGCUGUCAAGGCCGGAUUCCGUGGUGCUUACUGCUCGGUGUAUGAGAAGGAGUCUUGCAUCGAGAUUUUUGACACGAAGAUGGAAGUCAUGGCUGACAAUUUGCUUGAAUUGGCCGAAAAACUCAUUGCCACAUCUUCUUGA